UGCCUUGCUGUCCACAAGUAUUUACGGUCUGACGGGCCAGAUAGCCUUUGAUGAAGAUGGCUUUAUGAACAUCAGCAAGUUCAGAGUCCGCAAUCUGGUCUAUGAUGGUCGACAGAGUGUCUGGCAGGACAUCGGAUGUGUGCAGGGGAAAGAAGUGAGGCCCUUUCGUAUCAUCUGGCCAGGAGAUGCCCAAAACUUGAAGGCCGAGACGGAAGGAAAGAAGAGAUACAAGGUGGUAACCAACCCCGUGCAACCCUUCGUGAUGACUGAAGCCCCUCAUUCGGACUACGGUCAGUGUCUCAGUGACACGCCAUGUUUGAACCUGACCAACAAAUUCAAGUCACAGGAAAACGGCGAAGGGGCUGAAAGUGGGCUUUUCACGAUCCAGUGCUGCAGGGGGCUGACCAUUGAUCUUCUCACUAAGUUAUCUUCGGAUCUGGAGUUCGAAUUCACCUUGUACAUUGUGCAGGAUGAGACGUAUGGUCAGAAAUCGUCUAACGGAUCCUGGUCCGGAAUGAUGAGAGACCUAACGGACAACACAGCUCAUUUCGCUGUUGCUGCUUUUUCCAUCACCAGUCAGAGAGAAGUCGCCAUAGAUUUCACCGAUCCUUACUUUUUCUCUGGAUUUUCCAUUAUUUAUUCAGACAGAACACGAGAGACAAGUAUGCUGGCAUUCCUUGAACCUUUUUCGACCAAAGUGUGGUUUGCUAUCUUAGUAUCAGCUCAUAUCACAGCAGUGUGUAUGGCUCUGCUGGAAUGGAACUCUCCUUUUGGGCUAAAUCCGUGGGGCCGUAAAAGGAAUAAGAACUAUUCUUUAGCCUCUGGGUUGACUAUGGUCUUUUCCGUGCUUUUUGGUCACACUGUCAGAGCAAAAUCUCCGAAAGCGUGGCCUUCAAAGUUCUUACAGAACAUCUGGGCGUUUGCAGCUAUUUUCAUCAUUGCAAGCUACACUGCAAAUUUGGCUGCUUUUAUUGCUGGUAAGCAUGCAGGGAUCAACUAUAUCGACAUACAAGACGCACGGCUUCAGGAUAUUCGGGUGGGUGUCUUGCAAGGCUCGGCAGUGCACGAGUUUUUGAAAAACUCCGGGAGUAAACUUGUUACAGUCGCUGAACGUUAUUUUGUUCGAAAAACUGACGAGGGCAUUGACUGGGUUAUACGAGGCAAACUGGACGCUCUCCUGGGCGACUAUCCAAUUCUAGACUAUGCCAGAGCACACUUAGCUCCGUCUUGUGAGCUCAAGCUGAUAUCCAAAGUGUUCGGCGUUGAUAGAUACGGUCUGGGGCUGCCUAAAGAGUCCCCACUUAAGGCAGCACUGUCCAAGAAGAUCUCCGAGUACCAUCGUAUUGGCUACAUCGAUGAUCUCAUCGAUGUUCAUUUCGCUGACGCUCAUUGUAUCAAGAAACGGAUCUCUGAAGAGGAUUCGCAGCUGGAGGUCACUCACCACGCAG